CCGUUUCUCGUCCUCAUAUGCAUGUUGUGCAGCAUCACUGCCGCUUCCCCCUUCACUUAAAACAAGAUCACAUUCAAAUGACUACAAACAACAGCGCCUUUCUUGCGGCGAUCAAAUUACAUCACCACGCGAGCUCUGGAAUGCCAGGAAUGUAAGAAGAUCUAACAACCCGAUAAACGCUCGUUGCCAUUUGGCUAUAAAAUGUGUAAUGCAUAAAAAGGACUGUACAACCGCUUGUCUACAUAGCCCUACCGCUCUUCUUUCUCUCUUUCGUUCUCUCAUCACCUUUUCUCGUGUUGCGCUGUUGUCGUUCUUUAGCUUUGCACGUGUCGAAGCUAUCCACAAACGAAUAACGAUCAAUCAUGUACGCAACGCUGCUACUCCUCGGUCUCGGUGCCCUCACCGCAGGCAUCCAAGCACAAACGAACGCAAGUAUCGCUCUUCCCGGGUUCGACACAGAAUCUCUCCCUAUCUCAGGUGAAAUCGUCGGCACAGGCGCGGACGGGACGACGUAUGUCAUCUCCGCUUCCGGAACUGACGCAGGCGAUAUCCCAUUCACAAUGACAGUCGUCCAAGACGCAACACACGUCUCCGAAGCACUCACCCUCGCAACAGGUAUCGGCGGGAACAUCCAAUGCGGGUACAACACCCAAGGCGUCGGGACGUGCACCAUUGUCGUCGCUGGUGCUGGUACAGGCACCGAAACAGACGCAGCUCCAUCGACUUUAAUCACCACAGGAACAAUCCCAAUGGUCGCUGUACCAGUUACGACCGCUCCGCCACCAACCACAAGUGCUUCUGGCUCUGGUUCUCCUAACUCCGCCAACGCUUUGAACGUUUUGUCUGCGGCGAAAAUGGGCUUGGUAGCGGUCUUCCCGGCGAUCUUGGUGGCCUUCUUGAACAUUUGAACCUGAAUCUUUGAUGAUACUUCACUAAGAUCAAUUCACGAUCCCAAACGUCUGAAAUUCUUUCUGGUCUGGUUUGGUUUGGUUUGGUGUAAUAUCAUAUUCGCCUGGGUCAUCUAUGUCUACCUGUAACUGAAUCGGAAUUUUGUAUGUAAUAUAUUACCUCGUACC